AACUAUUUACAGGGGUCACCACUGUCCAGGUGCCAGACCGUGUCGUCGCCCAGAUGGGGCAGAAGCAGGUCGGGUCAGUGACCUCAGCGGAGAGGGGGACCCUGGUCACAGUUGCCUUGGCAGGCAAUGCGCAGGACGACCUUGUUCCGCCAUUCUUCAUCUUCCCCCGUAAGCGGUUCAAAGACCACUUCCUGAGGGGUGGACCCGUUGGCUGUGCUGGCAGCGGCAACCCAACUGGCUGGAUGAAGGAGCCAGACUUCCUCCUGUACCUGGCCCACUUCACCAGGCACACCCGUGUGUCCAAGGAGUCGAAGCUGCUCCUCCUGCUGGACAAUCACCCGUCCCACCUGUCAAUUGCAGCAAUUGAUUACUGCAGAGCUAAUGGCAUAGUGCUGCUGUCAUUCCCUCCCCACUGCACCCACAGGUUGCAGCCAAUGGACAUUAGUGUCUUCGGCCCCCUAAAGGGGUACGUAAACAGUGCGGCGGACAGGUGGAUGAGGAGCCACCCAGGGAUCAACAUCUCCAUUUAUGAUGUGCCCUCCAUCGUUGCUGAAGCCUUACCAAAGGCUGCGACAGUGAACAACAUUACCUCCGGGUUCUCAAGUCCAGGGAUCUGGCCUUUUAACCCCUCUGCGUUUGAGGAAAAGGACUUCGCCGGAGCCUAUUCCACAGACCGUCCUCCUCCCCAGGCUUCGGGUGACGAGGUCAGCGCUUCUCCAGGUGCCACUUCAGGCAUGGAUGUACCUGAUCGAGCUGCCGGGCCUGACGAAGCUGUCCGGCCUGAGGGAGAGGCCGUUGAGUUCAGCCCGGACAUCGUCCGGCCUUACCCUAAGGCCGGACCUAGAAAGAUCACAAAGAGAAGAGGGAGAAAGAGGACAACUGCUAUACUUACGGACACCCCGGUGAGGGCUGCUUUAGAGGCGGAAAAGCAGGGAACUGGGAAGCAGCGUCGUCCCGCCAAGCAGCCUCCCUCCUCUCGGGCUCCCAAGAAGAGGCUGUUCUCGCCCGCUCCUGAUGCCGGAGUUGCUGGAGUUGCCACCUCAGCUGCUCCUCCCACCAUCACCUGGCCCGCUGAUGGAGUCAGCCCCACCUUAGGCCUAGUUUGUCCUGUUCCGGAGGCAGCAGAGUUCACCACCAUUGCUUACUUACAUUGA